AUGGCUUCUGUACUAGUGGGCUGGACACUGAAUUGGUCCCCUCUCUCUCUGGCCGCCCUGGCGUUCACUUGUUACGAUGGCACUUAUCUCCCAAAGCAAGAGAAUAAAUUCGUGCAUCUUGUUACGGACGAACUGGAAACGUACCAAGAGAAAGGCGAACGCAACAGCGUGCUCCUCUUCCCGCCUCUUCCUAACAGACUGCGGUAUUUGACGCACAAGGCCGUAGAGGACUGGCCCGAAUUCACCACCUUCUCCGUAGGAGAGGACUGGCAUCGUAGAGUGGCGGUCUGUCAUUCCGAGCUGAGGGUUGAGGUGGAGGAAGACCGUGAAUUAGACAGCAACAUCAGCGCGUGUGAAGAUGCUUUGAGACACAAGGAAGAGAUGGAGAACGGGUAUAAGCCCAAACAUUCGGUCCCAUCUCGGAACCGAGGGUCCAAGAGACCGGACAAGCCCCUGUACAUGCCCCGGGCUGCUCGGGAGAGACUUUCCCUGCAGAACGCUCAAGAAUCCACUGCAGAGUCGUGUCCGUCUUGUAGUAGUUGUGUCAACAGUUUAUCUGAUUCCCAUAAUGACACUGCAGACGCCACAAACUCCUCAUCCACAUCCAGCCAGGGCUCACAACCCAGUGUAGAGGCCAGCAUCAUUAGUCUCACUGCAGAAAUGUCUUUACAUUGUCCUCGGGAGGAGGACCAGGACAGGGACCAGUCUGGUUCCUGUCAGUCAGAUAUGACUCGGAAGAACCCUGACACGGACAAGAAAUAUGAUCCUACUGUGCCAUGCGAUGCUCAGACAGAAGACACCGCUUUAGAUGCAACGGAUUUAACUGAAGAGAUCAAAGCACAUCUGAAAGAGGCUGUUGUGUUUUCCAUUGACCACGUUCACCAUGAUUAUUCUUCAUACGAGAAUGUGUGCGUUGACCACGAGGGCUUUGGCCACGUCAUUGAGAUCUACAACUUCCCACCUUUGUUCAAAACGGAGGACCUCUUGGAUGCUUUCACCGAGUACAGUGAAGGUGGAAUGAAGAUAAAGUGGGUGGACAACACACAUGCCCUUGGGGUUUUCUCCAGUGAGUCAGCAGCACUCCACGCCCUGUCCAUCUGCCACCCACUCCUAAAGACACGUGCGUUAUCUGAAGGGAGCAAAAAAGCGAAAGGCAAGGCCAUUAGACGAGCAGAGUUUAUCCAGCCAGUGAAAGAACGUCCCAGGACGGACUCGGCUGUUGCCAGGCGGAUGGUGACCAGAGCACUGGGGCUGAGGGGACGAGGACGAGCGCAGAGAUAUUAAGGAGGAGUGUUUAUGAUAUUGGCAUAUACAGAAUAUUGUGUCAGCCUCCCUUCACUAACAGGUGACUUCUAACGUCAGGCCCUGUUCUCCAGCACCGUUUGUCUGCGGACAUAUCAGCUGUGAUGUGAUGAAGAUGGAGACCAACUCUGCCCAGUGAUGGUUAUUAUUAUUAGUUUCUGACUGGCUCAAGUGUCACAGAUAAAGAAACCUGGUAUAUAGUUGGUUACUAUAGUUAAAAGCUAAUUAUUGAAUGCAGUUCACACAAGAUUCAUAGACAAACGUAAUGUACCGUUCCCCUGAGAGAAGCAGGUCUGUUUAGAAAUCUUUUCAAUAUUUUUUUUAUAAACACCAUUAUGUUUGAGGCAGAAGAAUAAGUUAUUGUUAUACAAAGCCAUGUUAUAAUGGAUUGAAUUAACUUAAAGGUUGUUUUUAACAUGUUCAGUUAAUAUUUAUUUGUGUUACUGUAAAUGUGUGAAGGUUGUUCCUCACUCCAUGCAUUAGAGAACUUAAUAACAUUCAUGAUAAUAGGAAUGUUGGGACACAAGUUUUGUUUAAUACAAAAUUGUAAAAAAAAAAAAGUAAAUUGUUGUUGAAGAUCAUCCAAAAUUGUUUUGGAAUCUGUGUUUGAUUAAAAAUAGUACAAUACAA